CAAAUUUCUGAAGAGCUUAAAUCCAACCCUGUCAUAUAAGGGGGCAGAGAACUCAGAAGAGGACAUUGCAGCUCGAGUGCAUGCACCCUAUGCAGCUUUUUAUGCAGUCAUAAGCAGAGUGAGGAUGAAGUUUGAGACCAUCCUGGAGGAAAUUGAUGGGUUUGGGCGUUUCCAAAUCGCCAUCCUCAUCCUGCUGUGCACCUCGCGGAUGGUUCUCCCCUGUCACUUCUUGCUAAAUAACUUCAUUGCUGCUGUGCCCCCUCACCACUGUGACAUUAGCACGCUGGAGAAGUCUUCAGAAGAACUCUUCAGAAAUUUAACUCAGGAGCAGAAACUGACUGUCAGCCUUCCUGUACGAGAAGAUGGGGAGCCGAAAUCCUGUGAGAUGUUCGCAGAGCCUCAGUUUCAGCUUUUAUCCAACAGCUCCAGCCGCACUGACCUGCCCACAGUUUGGUGUCAGAGUGGAUGGGUUUAUGACAAUUCCACCUUCAUUUCCACGCUGGCCACAGAGUGGAACCUUGUCUGUGAUAAAAAGAGCCUGACAAAAACCACAAACACAAUAUUCUUCGUUGGAGUUAUGGUCGGGGCCCUAGCUUUUGGAUUCUUCUGUGAUAAGUAUGGGAGAAAAACCAUGCUUCUGGUCUCUUACAUUUUGUCGAUCGUGUUCGGCUUCUCCAGCACGUUUGCAAACUCCUACAUACCGUUUGCAGUGCUGAGGUUUUUCACUGGAUUUUCACUGACUGGAAUCAGCAUCAUCUCAAUAGUUCUCACCAUUGAGUGGGCUGACAUAAGUCACAGGUCAACUAUUGGGGUGAUUGGCAGCCUGGCCUGGUCUGUAGGUUACAUGCUGCUGGCUGGGAUUGCCUUUCUUCUCACUGACUGGCGGACGUUGACCAUGACAGUUACAGCCCCGUUAGGAUUCGCAGUUCUAACCUGGUGGUGGAUUCCUGAAUCUGCUCGAUGGCUUUUAGCAAAUGGUAAGGUGGAAAGGGCCCAGUUUUAUCUCGACAAAUGUGCAAACAUCAACAGAAGACAAAAACUUUCCAGAGAAAAACUAGAGACUCUUUCCAACAUAGAAGUUGAGGAAAACCAGGCCAAAAACUAUACGUACUUCCACCUAGUCAAAACACCGAGAAUGAGAUGGUUAACUUUUUUACUUGGAAUUGUGUGGUAUGGAGUCGCCUCAACAUACUAUGGAAUCAGCUUGAACAUCACUGGGUUUGGUGUGAAUAUGUACCUCACACACUUUAUCUAUGGAGCCAUCGAAGUUCCUGCCAAGCUCACUAUUUAUUGUUUUCUCAACAUCAUUGGACGAAGGAAAUGCCAAUCAGGCACGUUGCUACUGACAGGGAUCUGCAUCGGGAUAAACAUCUUUAUUCCCAAAGGUUUGUGGCAUGUGCGUGCCAUUGUUGCCACACUUGGAAAAGGCCUUUCAGAAGCUUCAUUUACAACCAUCUUCCUCUACACCGCUGAGCUUUACCCUACCGUGAUCAGGCAGAAUGGUUUGGGCUACACUAGUUUCAUGAGUCGUCUGGGAGUAUCAAUUGCUCCACUCAUCCUGCUGCUGGAGGAUGUGUGGACUCUUCUUCCUCAGAUCAUCCUCUGCUCUUUAGCCAUUAUUUCUGGCCUUGUGGCUCUGCUCCUUCCAGAAACACUGAAUGUGAAGCUGCCUGAGACAAUUGAUGACAUAGAAAAUCCAAGAAAGAAAGAUGUCUCCAAAGAAUCCUCGCCUAUUUUCCUAGAAAUUAAGUCACAAUCAGGGGUUAACGAAGAAUGACUUCAAAAUCAAAAGAGAUUUUGACCAAAAAUGUAAAAAAAAAGAAAGAAUAAAUGUCAUUUUUUAUAACAUUAAAAAACUGCGCUGACCAAUGUUCAGUUACAAUUUUAUUUGAUCUAAAGAUGAUGCAUUUUUUGUUGCUUUGCAAAACAAAAUCACACUAAGAUGUUUUGAGUAGUUUUAUCUACUGUAUUAGACUUUAUAUGUAGACCUUUGUUUUAAUACCAAGACAGUUCCCCACCUGAUAUUUACACAAUUGGAAAAAAAAGAAAAG